AUGGAAGAUCUGGAAAUGGUCAAGGAAAUUGAGGCGGUUACAUUUACAUCUUUCCCGAAUUUGGACGAAUGUGAUAAUGAUGAAGCAUUACAGUCAUAUUUGAAUCGAAAGGCUCGAAAAAGUCGGCGACGUGUGUUCACGAGUAUCAUUCAAAAUGAAGCCCAACCGUUUCAUCCAUAUGAUGCAAUGAUUCGUAUGCCACCGGUUGAUUUUGACGUCCUGUGUGGUUUAUUAAAAAAUUAUCAUGAAAAACGACGGUGGUAUUGGGGAAUAAUCAAUAAAACGGAACAAGAAGCAAUGUUAAAACAACUGAUUAAAUGGCGUCCUGCAGUUGAUAAAAGUAAAGAGAAGGAAAAAGACAGACAUUCUUCACCCGAAAUUACAAGUGAAGGACUUGUCAGAGGAGUCAAGAAACUUUCCAAACAACUAUAG